GAGAGAGAGAGAGGGAGUAAAGGCAAAGAAUCAGCAAAAAAAAAAAAAAGAAAGAUAUAAACAUCCUUCCGUUUUGGAAAUGUUGCCGGUCACAAGUCGCCGCCACUUCUCAUUGUCCCUAUAUAUGCUCCGUUCAUCUUCACCACACAUCCAUCGCCACUCUUCCUCUUUCCUUGUCCCUUCUUUUGUUUCCUCCACUUUCUCUCCUGUCCUAGAACGACGUUCCUCAUCUCCUCCUCCUCCUCCUCCAAUGGCUGCGUGCAUCGACACCUGCCGUACUGGUAAACCACCACCCCAGAUCUCUCCCCGCGAUUCCUCCAGCUCUCACGGUGACGACUCUGGCUUCCGUUACAUUAAUUACUUCCGCUCCUCUGGUUAUCCCGACCGAGCUUCCUUCAACGGAACCCAGACCAGAACCCUUCACACCCGUCCUUUGGUUGAAGAUCUCGACCGCGACGCUGAAAUCGACGACGUUUGGUCCAAGAUUCGCGAAGAAGCUAAAUCCGACAUCGAGAGAGAACCUAUUGUCUCCGGCUAUUAUCACGCUUCCAUUGUCUCUCAGCGAUCCUUGGAAGCCGCGUUGGCCAAUACCUUAUCUGUUAAACUCAGCAACUUGAAUCUUCCGAGCAACACCCUUUUCGAUUUGUUCUCCGGUGUUCUUCAUGACAACCCUGAGAUUGUUGAAUCCGUGAAGCAAGAUCUGUUGGCUGUUAAGGAGAGAGAUCCUGCUUGUAUUAGCUACGUUCAUUGUUUCCUUCACUUUAAGGGCUUCCUCGCUUGCCAAGCGCACCGAAUUGCUCAUGAGCUUUGGACCCAGGACCGAAAGAUCCUUGCUUUGUUGAUUCAGAACAGAGUUUCGGAAGCCUUCGCCGUUGAUUUCCACCCUGGAGCUAAAAUCGGAACUGGGAUUUUGCUUGACCACGCUACAGCCAUCGUGAUCGGCGAGACGGCGGUUGUUGGGAACAACGUUUCCAUCCUUCACAACGUUACGCUUGGAGGAACGGGGAAACAGUGUGGAGAUAGGCACCCCAAGAUUGGUGAUGGGGUCUUGAUUGGAGCUGGGACUUGUAUUUUGGGGAAUAUCACGAUUGGUGAGGGGGCUAGGAUCGGUGCUGGAUCCGUGGUGCUGAAGGACGUUCCGCCACGUACGACGGCUGUUGGAAAUCCGGCGAGAUUGCUUGGUGGUAAAGAUAACCCGAAAACGCACGACAAGAUUCCUGGUUUGACUAUGGACCAGACAUCGCAUAUAUCCGAGUGGUCGGAUUAUGUAAUCUGAAAAAAGUCUUUGCCUUUUUUUAUUUAUUGUUGUUAAUGGCUUUUCUCUCGGCUUCUCCUGUUAUUGAAGCUGGAGAACUUAUGAUAUGCGAUGCUGUUUCCAUAAUCAGAUCAUUUGUCUCUAUAAGUUGACUGAUUAAGAUGGGAUUUGAAAGUAAAACUCGGAAACUCUUAACUCUGUUUAGUGGAGUUUCCUGUGGUUGGUUUCUGAUUAGCAGAGACUUUAAGAUAUGUUCAGUAUGUAAGUGUUAUUUGGCUAAACAAUGAUUUCUGUUAUCAGACCUGUUGGGAAUAACCCAAAGAUUCAUCA